GACCUCGUCCCCCGGCCCUCUGGCCAUUUAAAGGCCGCCCGGAGCCUCUCCAGGGCGGCUGGGCUCCUGCCUCCUCCCCGCCUCCGCCUCUCGGGGAGGGACCGUGCGCCCAGGGCGCAUGGAGAGGUCCGGCUCGGGCGCCAUGGCGGCGGUCCUGCAGGCGGCUAAGCGGGCCCUGCGAGCGGAGCUGAAGCGGCGCCUGCGGGAGCUCAGCCCGGCCGAGAAGCUGCGCCAGUCCCUGCUGCUGGGGGCCCAGGUGGUUGAACAUUCCAAAUAUCGAGCCUCCCACCGAAUUGCAGUGUUUCUGAGCAUGCCGGAUGAGGUCCAGACGGCAGAAAUAAUUAAGGACAUUUUUCAGCAAGGCAAGGAGUGCUUCAUCCCUCAGUACAAGCAGCGCAGUAACCACAUGGACAUGGUGAAGUUGGCAUCCUAUGAAGAAAUCGCUUCUCUCCCCGUAACCUCCUGGAACAUCCAUCAGCCUGCUGAGGACGAUGCCCGGGAAGAUGCUUUGGGUGUACCAGAGGGUCUCGAUCUCAUCCUAAUGCCGGGACUCGGCUUUGACAAAAGUGGCAACAGACUUGGAAGAGGAAAAGGCUACUACGAUACGUACCUCGAAAGAUGUACCCACCACCCCAAAGGAAAACCAUACACCAUCGCCUUAGCUUUCAAAGAACAAAUCUGUGACGUGGUCCCUGCGGCUGAAAAUGACAUAAAAGUUGAUGAAAUCCUUUUUGAACCCAACUGAACUGUGACUUUGCUGGCAAGGAUAGCUAGGUCAGCAUGAAUCCCACAAAUGCCUUCACCACCUGUGGGAUGGCUCAUGCAGGUGCAACGGGCAACGAGAGGUCUGGAACACCAUUGCCCCAAACUCUGACCGAGACAGCUCACAAGCAUUCAACUGACAGUGGACUAACAUCAGGAUUGAAAAGCCGUGUCGCAAAAAGAAGACCACAGUUCAAAUUACUUCUACUGCCAACUCGCAAAGUGGUUUCCGGCAGCCUGUUCGUAUUCAGCCUCUGUCCUUACCCUCGCUUCAGCAAUAUCGGAAUGAUUGUGCUGACCUACCUUGCAGGGUUGUUGCAAAGGUUACUGAGAUGUAUGUGAAGCAUUUUGCACACUAACACCCUAUGCAAGUUUUAAGGAUAUUUCUGACCAUUUAGCCCUGUCCUUCCACAUUCCGUGCCUUAUCAUAUCAGUCUUUCUAAAACAGAUCAACCUUUGCUUCUGCGGCUUUUCUGUACUUCCUGAAUAAACAGUGUUUUCCGAAGAAAGUUAAAAAAA